AUGCCAAACAACAAGGCAAAAUCCGCACCAAGGACGAACCUCGUGAAGCGUGCAUGCGACGCCUGCAAAAUCAGAAAGGUCAAGUGCUCCGAGACGUCGCCAUGUCGCGGUUGCGUUGCGAGUGGAAUAGCAUGUACCUUUAAGCGCCUCCAGGCGACAAGAGGGCCGAGGACCCUGCGCGCCAAGACGAUACAAAAGAUAUCUGCAGCUCAGACGGCGCCCUUGGAUGGCUUCAAUGACGACAACCAUCACUCGCUGCCCGUCGAUGCCCCAGUGCCAGGAAUCUUUCACUUUGACGCUGCUAGGCCGAUUGACCCACCUCGGCAGCAGACCACAAGUCUCGUCCAUGCUCUCGAGAUUUAUCGACAGAGGUUGUAUCCAAUAUGGCCGAUAGUCAAUGUUGAUGAGCUGAUGCAUGCUCUUGCGUCCAAUACACCUUUGUCCAAUCUCUUGGCCACCACUAUUCGCCUAGCUACUAUAGCACAACUUCGCCUGGAAACGCUUUCACCAGACGAGGUGCCACGCACAAGCUUGGAAGAUCAUGAUAACCAAAUGAGCCUCGAUGUCCUGCGCGUCGCUUUUUUCUUGCACAUAUAUCAUGAAAACCAGACGCCGGGUGGCGGGAAAAGUCUUUUAUACUUGAGGCAAGCAAUAACCAUUUCCCAAAUGAUGCGAUUGGAGCGAGAGUCUUCCUACGACGGAUUGCCCGAGACGGAGCAGCAGAUGCGGCGCCGUGUCUUGUGGCUGCUCUUUGUUACGGAGAGAGGCGUCGCAAUGCUUCACAAACUCCCGGUCAUCCUCAAACCCGCCAUCAUACUACCUACUCCGGUCGGAGAUGACCAGGCCCAUGUUCUGCCCGCUUUCUUGAAGCUAGUCAAUUUGUUUUGGAUGUUUGAUCAGUCUGGCAUCUUUGAUAUCCUACAAAAUUCCGACUCUGACUUGUCCAACCUGACAACAACCGCAAGAGGCUGCUUGGGGUUGUUACAAGACCAUCUCCAGGAUAAUGCCAUCGAUUACGAUUCCAGUAAUGAUGUCCAAAAGGCAGACAUAUUCGUUACACGUCAAUGGAUGCGUGCAGUACUGUGGCGGGCAGCUGUGAGGUUUGGGGUCGCCACCAUGGCAAGCAGUCCCAUCCGCAUAGCCAAGGAAUUCUUGAACUUCAUGUCGCAUCUGCCAAAGACUGCCAUUGAGGCUCAUGGCCCAACUAUGGAAUUCAAAACCUAUGACAUUGCCACUGCAGUCAUUGAUGCUGUGAAGAGCAACAACUCGGUCAAUCCAGCCGACCAGGCCGAAGAGGUAUUGCUGGGUCUUCAAAAGAUACUUUCAUCCUCUCGGGGUGGUAACAAAUCCCUAGUUGCAUCGCUAUACCUCAGGAUGGCGUCCAUUGCGCCAAAUCCAGUGGUGGAUCUGGGGAGCAGCGGGCGCAUUGAAGAACAGCCGGAAGAGACUGAGAUUGACCCCAACCGAAGUCCCUUUUCCGGGACUCUGCUACAUCCUUCAGCGUGGGCAGAGCUAGAGGAGAUCUUGGCAGAUACUAAUAUCUUGAGACCUUCUGGCUCAACUACGCCCAAUUACCACUCGCUGGACCAGCAAAACCAGCAGAUGUCUUGGCCACCAUUGGACUUUAGUACACCGCUGGUCAGGACUCCAUCACCGUUGACGCGCAUGGUGUUUGAACAGAUUCGAAACAGUAAUGAAGAAAUGGGAACAAGCACAGCCGCGCAAUGGCAGGAAUCUACAUCAUGA